GGUGUCAUACAGACUGAUGGGACUUAAUGUACCCUGCUGCUCAAUGGUGCUGCCUGUUCAAGCUAGGUAAAAUGGACAUGGUGCAUUGCCAUGGAAACAGCAGCCCUUCUCCCUCUCCGUGAAGGUUCUAGAAUCGUGCCUCUGAUUGUGAUUCGGGUGCUUCUCUUUCUUUUUGUACUAGCUCCACCGAGCUUUGCACCAGGCUAGCCCCCAAAAGUCAGCAUCAUUUAGAACCUACUCGCAUUAAUGAAUUGCUCUGCAAUUAGUGCUUUUAUUGCUGUUCAGAUCAAAUACUACAGGUGGCAGGGUAGCAUAAUGGCUAGCAAACUGGGCAUGUAACUCCGAAGUUGCAGGUUCCAUUCACAGGUGGGACGCAGCCAUUGUACCCUUGAACAAGUACUCAAUCUGGCUCUCCCCAGUAAACAUUCAGCUUUAUAAAUCGGUAGUGUGUAGAGGAAUGUAAGCCGUUUAAGUCACUCUGGAUAACAGCGUCUGCUAAAUGCCUCAAAUGUAAAUGCAAAAAAAAAAGUGUUUCCUGGUAAUUCCAAUUCUGUCAUUUCUUUGAACACAUCUCCGUAGGGCUCGUGUGUCGGUACGCUGCAGGAGUGACAUCACUGCGGAAUGUUGAGGGGAACGGCAAAAGUGUGGAAGAGGUCCUGUUCCUGAAUCCGGAGGGCCAUUGGUUCAAUUUCCCUGGUGGAACACUGCGGGUCUGCCUCAGAUAAAGGUGAGCAGAGCUGCAGGGUGGUGCUAUUGUGUGAGUCAGCCUACAGCCAGCCCUUCCACUGGAAAAAGAACUCACCCCAAUCCUGUCCUCACCCCCCGCCCCUCCCAUCCCCCCCCUCAAACCCCCUCACUGCCCCCUCUGCCAGCCCACCCUCCCUCCCACCCGGAACUAGAGGUGUGCGUGGGAGCAAAAACCGGCGCAUUCUCUUUUGCCGGUCCUCCUAAAAGAUUUCAGUCCCGCCCACUGUGCCAUCACUGCCGUCACCAUGAUGACAUCAUCGCUCCGGCGGCAGAUGAAGAACAUGGUGAACAACUACACGGAGGCGGAGGUCAAAGUGCGCGAGGCGACCUCCAACGACCCCUGGGACCCGCCCGGCCCGCUGAUGGAGGAGAUCUCCGACCUGACCUUCAACGCGGUGGCCUUCCCCGAGGUGAUGGGCAUCAUCUGGAAGCGGCUCAACGACCACGGCAAGAACUGGCGGCACGUCUACAAGGCCCUGACGCUGCUGGAGUACCUGAUCAAGACCGGCUCGGACCGCGUGGGCAAGCAGUGCCGGGAGAACGCGGUGGUGCUCCAGACCCUGCGGGACUUCCAGCACACGGACCGGGACGGGCGGGACCAGGGCUCCAUCGUGCGGGAGAAGGCCAAGCGGCUGGUGGCGCUGCUGAGGGACGAGGACCGGCUGAAGAGGGCGCGGUCGGCGUCGCUGAAGCCCAGGGAGCGCGCGGGCUGCCCCGCCUCCGCCGCCGCCGCCGAAUGUGGCUCCGCCUACGGGGACCUGCCUCCGCCCUACCCCGGCCGACGGUCCAGCCAGCCCCUCAUGACCUCAGCGUACGGGGGCGAGGGAGCCAGGGGCUCACCCUCCUUCAGCUCCUCCUUUUCCUCCCCUCACUGUCACUCUGAUCUGGAGGAGGCUCGGCCCCAGACCAGCGGGGAGGAGGAGUUACAGCUGCAGCUGGCGCUGGCCAUGAGCCAAGAGGAGAACGAGAAGAAACCCCCGCCUGUAAACCUGGAUGAGCAGACCCAACUCCAGAUGGCACUUAACCUGAGCAAAGAGGAGCCCCUCCAGCCCGCUCCGCCUAUUCCCGUUCCCGACGUUGCGGUGCUAGAUGAAGAUGCCCAGCUUCAGCUGGCCCUGAGUCUGAGCAAGGCAGCACACCAGGAGGAGGAGCGCAGUCGUGAGGGAGAAGAGACGCUCCUGCGCAAAGCUCUUGAGGAGAGCAGAAGGGAGGUGGAGGGAGGAGGAGUGGAGUCUGCCAUGAAGGAUCUGGAGGACAUUUUUGGAGCUGGCUCUGCAGCGCCCCCUCGUGUUGACCCCUGGGACCUGCCACCUACCAGGGCCAAACCUGCCAAUGUGGUGACCUCUGACCCCUGGGACUCUUUGGGGGGUCCCUCUACCACUCCUGUGAUUGACAACUCAUGGAUGGGUCUUCCAGCAGCCAGCGGCCCCCUGAAGCCUUGGGAUCCUAGCCAACCCCCUUCGGACCCAUGGGACGCCCCGAGGAACAUUUCCAGCAGAAACCCCACCAUCCACGCAGGGUCUUCAGGAGUCGAUCCGUUCUGUACUGUGACAAAGGAAUCUCAGACAGCCUGUGACUCCCCCAGACGUUCUGGAAGUCCCACAGAUGGGGACCUGUUUGGGGAACCAGUGAUGGGGACGCAGGUGAAUGGCCGUGAACAGGGCAGCCCGUUGCCCUUUGACCUGUCCCGUCUCAGGGAGGGUCUGGCCGACCCCACCCCCCGAACCUCCCGGACCCCUGAGUCCUUCCUGGACCCAACCGCGGCCUCUCUGGUCAACCUGGACAGCCUGAUACCCCUCAACCCCCCCGCCAAGACUACCAACCCCUUCCUGUCAGAACUGAGUGCUACCGCAACCUCCAACCCCUUCCAAAGCGAGCAGCCCCGCCUCACCCUGAACCAGAUGCGUUCCGAAUCCCCCUCUUCUCUCUCGAGCAACUCCUCUCUUCCCCCGUCCGUCGGCCUCCAGCCCCCCAUCCUGCCCGCCUCCUUCACCCACCCCCCCGCUUUUCCGCCAUCGCAGGGUCUGUUGGAUGUUAUUCCAAACCUGCCCCAGCCCCUACUGCCCUUCUCUACAGUGCCCCCUCCUGGACAGCAGGGGGACCAACAGGCUCAGAACCCUUUCUUGUGAGGCCCUGCUGUGUUAACUGGGUGGACACUGAGGACCCUGGAACUUACACACAAGGUUGCGACCUCCCGUUGCCCUUAGCCCAUCCUGAACUGAGAUUAAAACAAUAUUUUAAUACAAUGUUACCAGCCUCGCAGGUUCUGCGCUGUUCUAACCCGGACCCCAGAAGUGCUCCAACGCUGGGGCCAACCCCCUCCUUUACAGCAGGGACAUGGGAGGUGGACAUUCUGGAACCUUCCUGCCCUCUGCUGCUAUGCUGCUGCUAGCACUGCUGUCUUGCCUCUGUGAAUCUCUGGCCUUGAGCAGCCGUCCUAUACCCAUGAAGUCCUUCAACUAAUAAAAUGAAGAACAAAUAUAUAUAUAUAUAUGAUUCCUCACCACAACUAUCCCUGACACAACAUCAUUUCCUCACACUGGCCUUCCUAAUCAGAAAUUUUGCAUGGCAGACCUACUGUAAUGUGCGCCUGUGUGCACCGAUAGACCACAAUGCACUGCAGCUAAACACCUACCCUCUGAUGCUCCGAUCCCAUCUCAUGCUAUGCCAUUGAGAGAACUGCAGGCGGUCAUGUGGGGAGCAUCCAGCCAGCAAAAUCCAUACUGACACAAGUCUGACCACAUUUCCCUGUACUAGCCUCCGAUGCACUGCUUCGACCCACGGGCUUGAGCCAGGACGACCCCUGUUGAGACCUAAAGGGGGAGAAGAUGCUGAAAUAUAGGCUUUAAUAUUGUAGGGGUUCUGCUGAAUGAACAAAACUAUAAUACUGAAAACUGAUUCAUACUAGAACUAUUAUGGAAAUUACGAUCAAAACAUAGUGGUAUGAAAAUGUAUGCAAAUUAGUGUUUGUUGCCUGUCAAACACCAAUCUCUGACCAAAUGUAUACAUAUCCAUUUAAAAAAAUUCAACCAAUAAAUGGUGUGUAUUUGCACACUUUCUAAUUA